AUGAACACUCAAUUCUUGUAUGAAAAUGGGAAAGAUUCUGUUGUCAACGAGUAUGGCAGGGCUGAACCAAUGGAUUAUAUUGUUGAUGAGGAGCAGUUUCGUCUUGAAACAUUGAGCUCUCAUACACAAUACUUAGCUCAACUACCUCUGGAGAACGAUAAAACGGUAGAGGCAAUGCAAGUGGAAAAGGAGGUAAAGCCUGGCAGUGAUCUUGUUAUGGGCGAAACAUCUAUGAAGCGAAAUUAUACACGCUAUUCUGAUCAGGAUAAAGUGAGGUUCUUUAAGCUGUUGUUUGAGAAAUGUCUGAGCGCGGCUGCUGCUGCAAAACAGCUUGGGAUUCACGUUCGUACAGCACAAAAAUGGGCUGAACAGUACGAGAGGGAUUCUGAUAAUAUCUUUAAGAAAAGAAGACAAACUGGUCGUCCACGCAUUCUCAAUAAGGAGCACAAAAAAGUUAUUCUUGAGUAUAUUGAUGCGAGCCCUCCACACUGCAUCUUGUCUCUCAAAAAAGCUCGUUUUCAACCUGUAGAUUGGAACAGCAAGGAAAAGAUCCAAGAACGCCUGGAUUGGAUUCAUAAAUGGGAAAAAACAGACACAGAUUUUAUGACCAACUGCGUCUUCCUUGAUGAAUCUGCAUUUCAUAUUAAUUUGAAAUGUAGUAUGGCAUGGUCAAAGAAAGGCUCUCCUGCAGUGGUCACAGUUCCCAAAACACGAGCAAAAACAACAACCAUUUUAGGUUCAAUUUCUGCCCAAGGAAACGGAGUAGAAGAAGUAAGAGGCAGAAGAGUUGAGCUUGUGAAAGAUGAUGUUUAUUGA